CAGCCCGUUCCCAGCAUGGCCGAGCCGCCGGCGGCGCCGGGCCCCGAGGGCGAGGAGGGCCCGGUGCGCUUCGCCCGCAAGGGCGCCCUGCGGCAGAAGAACGUGCACGAGGUGAAGAACCACAAGUUCACGGCGCGGUUCUUCAAGCAGCCCACCUUCUGCAGCCACUGCACCGACUUCAUCUGGGGCUUCGGGAAGCAGGGCUUCCAGUGUCAAGUUUGCUGCUUCGUCGUGCACAAGCGGUGCCAUGAGUUCGUUACCUUCUCGUGCCCCGGCGCUGAUAAGGGCCCUGCCUCUGAUGAUCCCCGGAGCAAACACAAGUUUAAAAUCCACACGUAUUCCAGCCCCACCUUCUGUGACCACUGCGGGUCGUUGCUGUAUGGGCUCAUUCACCAGGGGAUGAAAUGUGACACCUGCAUGAUGAACGUGCACAAGCGCUGCGUGAUGAACGUCCCGAGCUUGUGUGGGACGGACCACACCGAGCGCCGGGGCCGGAUAUACAUCAGGGCCGACAUCGAGAAGGAUGUUCUAACCGUUGUAGUAAGAGAUGCUAAAAACCUAGUUCCUAUGGAUCCUAAUGGCUUGUCAGAUCCCUACGUGAAGCUUAAAUUAAUCCCUGACCCCAAAAAUGAAAGCAAACAGAAGACCAAAACUAUAAAGUGCUCCCUGAAUCCUGAGUGGAAUGAGACAUUUAAAUUCCAACUGAAAGAGGCAGACAAAGACAGAAGGUUGUCUGUGGAGAUUUGGGACUGGGAUCUGACCAGCAGAAAUGAUUUCAUGGGCUCCUUGUCCUUCGGGAUUUCCGAGCUGCAGAAGUCUGGUGUUGAUGGAUGGUUUAAGCUGCUGAGCCAGGAGGAGGGAGAGUACUUCAACGUGCCCGUGCCUCCCGAGGGAGAAGAAGGAAACGAGGAACUGAGGCAGAAAUUUGAGAGAGCCAAGAUUGGCACAGGGUCCAAGGCUGCAGAUGAGAAGACGACAAAUGCCAUUUCUAAGUUCGAUAACAACGGGAGCAGAGAUCGGAUGAAACUUUCAGAUUUCAAUUUCCUGAUGGUGCUGGGAAAAGGAAGCUUUGGAAAGGUCAUGCUGGCAGAGAGGAAGGGCACCGACGAGCUCUAUGCCGUUAAGAUCCUGAAGAAGGAUGUUGUUAUCCAGGACGAUGAUGUAGAGUGCACCAUGGUCGAGAAAAGAGUGCUGGCUCUCUCCGGGAAGCCUCCGUUCCUGACCCAGCUUCACUCUUGCUUUCAGACGAUGGAUCGCUUGUAUUUUGUGAUGGAAUACGUGAAUGGUGGGGACUUAAUGUACCAGAUCCAGCAGGUUGGGAGGUUUAAAGAGCCACAUGCUGUAUUCUACGCUGCAGAAAUAGCCAUUGGCCUCUUCUUCCUGCAAAGCAAAGGCAUCAUUUAUCGGGACCUGAAGCUGGACAACGUGAUGCUGGACAGCGAAGGGCACAUCAAGAUCGCCGACUUCGGCAUGUGCAAGGAGAACAUUUGGGACGGGGUCACUACCAAGACCUUCUGCGGCACCCCUGACUACAUCGCGCCCGAGAUAAUUGCUUAUCAGCCCUAUGGGAAGUCGGUGGACUGGUGGGCAUUUGGAGUCCUGCUCUAUGAAAUGUUAGCUGGCCAGGCUCCCUUUGAGGGAGAAGACGAAGACGAGCUCUUCCAGUCCAUCAUGGAGCACAACGUGGCCUACCCCAAGUCCAUGUCCAAGGAGGCGGUGGCGAUCUGCAAAGGGCUGAUGACCAAGCACCCUGCCAAGCGGCUGGGCUGUGGCCCAGAAGGGGAGCGGGACAUCAAGGAGCACGCCUUCUUCCGCUACAUCGACUGGGACAAGUUGGAGCGCAAAGAGAUUCAGCCUCCCUUCAAGCCAAAGGCUAAAGACAAACGAGACACUUCCAACUUCGACAAAGAGUUCACCAGGCAGCCUGUGGAGCUGACGCCCACCGACAAACUCUUCAUCAUGAACUUGGACCAGAACGAGUUUGCUGGAUUCUCCUACACUAACCCGGAAUUUGUCAUUAACGUGUAGUCGCGGUGCAGACGCUGCCCUCCCUGCUCCCGCAGCCAGAAACUUCAGCUCGCCUUGUAAAUACCGACACUAGUCUUCCGGGAUCAGCAGUGCAUACAUACAUACCCUCAUCAAAACACGACGACCGCUUGUUUUAGGAGGCCUCUGUAUGUGUGUGACACUUGCUAGCUUGGGUUCCCUAGCUGGAAAUGUGCGGGGUUUUGAGUUAACAAGCAGUAAUACUUCUAGGAACUGUAGUUGGUGGUGACUAAUAGAGUUUUUAAACAGAAAUAUACCAAAUUGCUACAGUCUUUGUAAUUUUUGAAAUCAGAUGCUGAAAUUCUGGUGAACUUAGGUAUUCACAAAUUGUUUCCGUUGAAUGCUAAGCAUGGUUGAUAUUUUAAACCGUUGUGCUGAAGCUUGCAAUGACUGUGAACGUGUCUUAGAAGAGCCUUUUGUUCGAGACAUGGAUACAUUUGAUCAGUGUGGAAAAGUCUGCUUGUAGACAUACUUAUAUUUUUAAAUGCCUUGUACAUACAGUCACACCGGCUCCCUGAAGCUGUCUUCCUCCUUAGCCUGCUGUAAGCGUGUGCGUUUCACCACAUCCCUUCCUAUUACUCAGGCAUUAAGACCACAAAAUGAAUUUCAUUCCGGUUCUUGUAAAUCAGAGCAAAUCUUUUUCUAAGUGAAAGGUGGGAUUUUUUUUUUUAACAUCUGGAACAGUUUGCAGUUUUGAUAUACUAUGUCAGCACUCCCAUAAAUCUUUCUCCUGUUUUUUCACAGACACUGUCGAAAUUUAACAGCUCUGUAAAGGAUAUUAAUAUUCUACCAAAACAAAACACAUUUAUAUUCUCGGUUUACAAUUUACCAACUGAAAAUAUGCCCGCUACAGAAGGGCUGUACUGAGGGCUAUUUAUAAAGGUAACUUUUAUACUUUAUACCCUCUGCUGUUAUCUUAAAGGCUCAAAAUCAUGGAUUUUACAGGCAUCUUGGUUUACCUGAUUUCAGCCAAAAUUCCUGGUGAUUUUAUUCAGUAAUCCAGGACCUUCUGCAUUGUUUCAGAACCCCUGACUCCCAAGGGGAAACCGCAGCCGACGCUUUGGCAGCGAAGCUCGCCGUGCAUGGGGCAGCGGGGCUGGAUGGUGGCUGCUGCCCGCAGCAGGACGAGGGCUGAGCGUGUGCUCCCGUGACACUGCUGCCAUUCCUCCCCUGGCACACACGAGUUCGGUUGGUUUGCAAAGAAAGCACGUACGUUUUUUGAAAUACGACCGAUUCUAAUGUAAAUACACAUUACUUCGUGAGUACGGGGAAAAAAUGAGGGUGGAAUUUUCUGAAUCAUGAGGAAUCUUACCAAGGAAAUUCUGGUUUGUAGAUCUUUUAUAAACAUCAGACUCUACCUUUUGCAAUUCUUUUUUUAAUGCCUCAUUAAGUGAAAGGACUGCUGGAAGCUAAUGCUGGUGCCGCAGCUGCUGGCUCAGUGCCGCGAGCAGGUCUCCUCAUCCCGUGACCAAACUGAAGGCCGGCCCUGCCUUGUGCGUGUCGGGGUGUGUGAGCUGUGGCUGUGGUCUCAGGUACUGAGCUGGGCUUGAGGAAACAAAACAAAACACAGAAAAACUGCAAAUUGUGCCAGAUGGACACGGGGGCUUGUGGGCAACUUUGCAUCAGACUAAGACCGGGAAAGUCGGAGUUAGUUUCUGGUGAGAGUUCCCAUAACCCCAGCACACGUCUCAGAAGACGUCUCGCCAUCUUCUGCAGACCACAGUUGAUGUUCAGAGCAUGUAUGUUACUGUAACUUUCAAAUCUGUUGCUGCAGAAUUAGUAUUACUUAAAUGGUGAAUGUUUUUAAUUUGUGUACCUCCAGACCCGAAGACGCUCCCGCGGUCCGGUCGCCCGUGGGUUACUGUGGUACUGGAGUACUGCGAUGCUCCUGGGGCCAGGAGGGUACCCGCGGCUGUACGGGAUCGAUCCACGGGCACUGCUGUAGAGGGAGUUGCGUCUUUUCUGUCUGGGACUCGUGUGUGUGUUGGAGUGACACUUCUGCAUGGAGCAGGCUUUGCUUAGGUGCGGGGCUGUGCUGGGAAGGCGUCCUGCCCAUGGGUGGCCCAGCUCCACCGCGGGGCGGCCGCGGUGGCACGCGUUGGGUCUGUGUGCAUCUUCGGGAUCCUCACAGUACAGUCUGUGCUCCAGGGAGAGCUUAGCAAAGGCAAGGUCUGAAGCCCAGGGAAAUCUGCAGGAUGGGAGCAUUUCUGAUGUUGCCCAUUCUGCUACUUUCAGUGCUCUUGGUUUGAGGUUUAUUUCCAGAUUACCUGUUUCUUCUGUGCAGAAAUGUAAAAUGGAAUGUGCCUGGCCCUGCACAGAUGCUGGGAUUUAUACAAACUCCUCCAAGGAAGGGCAGAGUGACAGUGGUUGACUCACUGUUUGCCGUAAUUUGAUGAUUUAAUCUUCACUGUUGGAUGAGGAAAGCAGUGCUUCAGGAAGAUGCUCAGAUGUGAGCGGCUCAGGAGGCUCUGUUAGUCACUGGGGGCUCUGACACGUGGCUGAAGCCCAGUAAGACAAUACUGGGCAGUGCUGGCAGGCAGCUGCAGUGCACCCCAGCUGUGUGACAGUGCUGCAGCAGCAGGGGGACAAGGGGACAGUGUGCUUGUGCCACUGGUGGGGCAGGAGGAGGGUGCUCACAGGGACAGAGGAGGCAUCUCAGCCUGCAGCUACAGGCAAGAGAGAAAGCCUGGGGCUGUGGUACCCCAUGGUCCUGCCUGCAUGGCACAGGGCAUUAGGGGCAAGCCCCACGUCCCCACAGGGCUGUGGUGGGACUGGCAGGGGUCUGGCGGUGGGACCCUGAGCUCCGCACCUCCGGGCCCCAGGUGCAGGAGGAGGAGACCGGAGGAGACAUGAGGCACUUGUGGCCACCCCCUGCCAGCCGGGGACAAGGACAGCAGGUCCCGACCUCCACCAGGGCUGGUCGCACCUGGACACCGCAGGUAAGUGGGGUGCAGGUGCCUCGGGAGGUCUCAGCAUGGUGCGGGGAUGAAUCCGUCCCCAGGGCUGUUUUUUCCAGCACUGAUGAGGAAUAGGCCAGGACUCCUUGGGGCAGGGGCAGAUUCCCACUCCUGCCCGCUGGGAUGUGCGGGCUGCUCAGUGCCUGCACCUCCCCGGCGUGCCCUGACCUUCCUCCUGGGAGUGUUACCUAAGGAAAGGCGAGAGGGCUGUGGCUUUGGUCCUGUCCUGCUGCAGCUCGAGGUGGGAGCAGGGGGAGGCUGCUGGGUGCUCGCAUGGCCCUCGGGGACAGUGGAAGUGACGGGAACGGAGCAGGGCAGCAGGGAUGGGGGAAGAGUGGGGCUGGGUCUCGGCCAGAAAGCGCCUGGUCCUGGCGGUCUCUGCAGCGGGCUCUGGGGGGCUGGGAGACCGCAGGCAGACCAGGGUCAGCUGCCAAUCCUGAUCUGCUCUGAGGGCUGCCGGGCAGCUGCAUGGGGCUGGAGGCAGGCACUGCACAGCCUGGGUGAGCUCAGUGCGUGUCUGGGCCAGGACUGGCAGCACAGCAGCACAGCCCCAGUGCAGCGGCUCCCCGGCCAUCCCCUGCUCAGCGACUGUGCCGCUGGGAUGCUGCUUACACGGGGCAUGGGGGCCCUGCUGCCACCGCUGUGGUCCCCUCUGGCCAGACGUCAGAACAGUCGUCUUCUCUAGAUAAGAGAGCCAUCACCAAAUGAGUUACUGACCCUUUCAAUCCAAGUAAGAAAUGAAUGCAAGUUUGCGUGGUGGCAGACCCCCAUGGGUGGUCUCAGAGAUGGGAUGGUGAGAGCAGGUUCUAGGCAGCAGAUAUGCUCUGGUCAUUUAGUCCCAGGAUCUCUAAUAGAAAUUGUGCUUUCUGGCGGAGAGUGCGAGGAUAUAGCUGUUCAACUGGUAGGGCUUACAUCUGGAGUGUGGAGCUCACCCACACAAGUGCUGCAGCUUGUCUGCUUUCGCAGUCGCAGGUGAGCCAUUGAGCCUGCAACAGCAAAAGAAGCAACAAGCAUCUUGCUCCAUGCAUGGAAGUGUCAUCCAAGCUGUUUAUUUCUGAUCACGUUCAAACUGGCAAUUAAAACAAGGAAAAAAGAAAAAAAAAUGUUUAUUGUUGAACAGUUUGUGUUUGUGAAUUUGAUUUCACCUGCAAGUAUUUGAUGACUUUUCUACAUCCUAGACUACCUGCUCUGUGUUUGUCAAAGGAUUCUCAUAAAGACCUCCUUUUAGAUGGGCAUAUACUCUUUAUUCUAUUUGCUGCA